UGCCCUAUUAACGUCAUCGGAUUCCGGGUGACCUUUCACCUCGAAGAUGGCGGCGCCGGUCGCCAGGAGGAUCCUUAGAUUUCCAGCGUUUACGUCCGGGCACAGGCACAGGUCCUUCAGUGAGGAGAGCGAUCGCAGCCCCAAGAUUGCUAAUCGAGUCUUCUCCGGAAUUCAGCCAACUGGCGUCCCUCACCUGGGAAACUAUUUUGGAGCAAUUGAGAGCUGGGUGAGGCUGCAGGAUGAAUAUAGCUCCAUUCUGUACAGUAUUGCGGAUCUGCACUCCAUCACUAUUCCUCAGCAUGCUGGCACACUCAAGCAAAACAUUCUCGACAUGACAGCCAGUCUCUUGGCAUGUGGUAUUAACCCUGAGCGAUCAGUCCUAUUUCAACAAUCCAAGAUCUCGGAGCACAAUGAAUUAGGUUGGAUUUUGGGCUGUCUGACAAGUAUGCCACGAUUACGUCAUUUACCUCAGUGGAAGAUGAAAACCUCUGGUCAGAAGGAAGAAGGAAGCUUGGGUCUUUUUACCUAUCCAGUCCUGCAAUCUGCGGAUAUUCUGUUAUACAAGUCAACCCACGUACCUGUUGGAGAGGAUCAAUUGCAACACCUGGAAUUGACACAGGAUUUAGCCCGAAUCUUCAAUAACCAAUAUGGCUGCAUUUUCCCUAUACCAAAAGCUAUUCUAAGUGAAGCCAAAAGAAUUAAAUCAUUGAGAAACCCGACCACAAAGAUGUCAAAGUCAGACCCUCAAAAGUUAGCGACGGUAUACAUCAAUGACUCAGCAGAGGACAUAUUAUUGAAGUUUCGCAAAGCAGUAACAGACUUCACCUCUGAAGUGACAUAUGACCCUGAAACACGGCCAGGAGUAUCAAAUCUGAUAACAGUGCACACAGCAGUGACUGGAAAGACCAUUGAGGAGGUUGUACAACACAGCAAAGGAUUGGACACUGCACGCUACAAGUAUGUAGUAGCUGAGGCAGUGAUUGAAAAAUUUACACCAAUUAAGAAUGAAAUUGAAAGACUUAGAACAGAGCAAGGUUUCCUGGAACAGGUUUUGUAUCGUGGAGCUGAAAAGGCGAAAGAGCUGGCUCACCCGUUUUACCAAGAAAUUCAAAAGCUGGUUGGCUUUAGCUAACCAUUUUUAAAUUGUGAACUAUGAUAGCAUUGUUGCAAAUUUUAUUGAGCUAAGAGUUUGGUAGAAAAUGUACUUAAUGGGUGCUGAGCACUUAUUUAAGGUACAUCAUUCAGACAUUCCUUUUGUUCUCUUCAAACCUUUUGGUUUCUACCUUUCGACAAGAGAUCAUCAACCUGAAAUUGUUUUUUUCUCCACAGACACUUCCUGAUAACCUGCUGAGAAUCUCCUGCAUUGUCUGUUUCUGUUAUAUUAACUUUAAAAAUGUGUUCAGGUUAACUGUAAAUGACUGUAAUACACAUACUCUAAACUAUACAUUAGAAACAGACCAAUGAAAAGCUCUUUAGUUGAAGGGAAGAGGUGUGUUUAAGGUUGACAUAACACUUUGGAAAAAAACAUUUUUUUUAAUAUGUCCUUCAAAGUCAAAUUGGUUUCAAAUUAUUUUCCAAAGCAAACAAGAAACAGUGUUAUCUAGCAUAUUUUUCUUUGAAAAUUCAGAUCUGUAAUAUGCAUUGCCAUCUGUUUUCAUAAGACAGAAAGAGAAUUGUUUUAUUUUGGUUGGAUUUGAUCCCGAGUUAAAGAGGAAAAUUUUCACACCUAGCUCCCAUACUAACAUCCCUGAGCACUUGUGUUAAUGUAUAGCACAAUAAGUGUUCUCAUAGUUUUGCCAUGACUUCACAAUGGAACUUCAUACAGAGGGAAGAAACUUAAAGGAGGGCAUGUGAGAAUCCUGUUUCUCACGUUUCAGCUAACUAAAGACAAAAAGGUCAAGAAGCAAGUUCUCUGCCCUCAGAAAAGAAAUUGAACCAGAAAAGUAUGAGAAGAAAACCAGAUUAAAAUUCGUGCUCUGUCAAUUAAAUGGGUAAAAGUUGCUGCUAAACAUGCCUGUGAGUGUUUCAAAAUAGAAUCAAUCUUUGUUAGUAAAAACCUGAAGAAUUAAAUGCAUUUGAAUAUCUAUGAUAUAUAUGGAACUGUCUUGUAAGGACACAAAUGAUCUAGUUUCUCUGUUGAUUGAUAUGAGACCACGAGGAGUACAGCAUUGCUCGUGGUUAUAUUUACAUAAAUAUUGCAAACAGUCUGAUGAAACAGGAAAAGGUAAAUCAAAGAAUUGUGAAUUUGAUGUAAAUUCAGUCAUCUAGAUAAAAAGAAAACACAUCUAAUAAUUAUAAAAUAUACUUUCUACUUCCUGAUCUUCCCGGCAUAUAGUACUGACAGGUGCCUCUCUGUCAAUCUUGGGUGCUAUCUGCCAUAGCUUCAAAGUCCCAUUCUUGAUGGAGAGGCCUUGAUGAUAUCUUGGAGUCAAAUCUGCAGUGUGUAAUGGAGGAACAAUUUAGUUCAAUCUGACAUUGUCUUUAACCAGUGAUCAAAGCUGAACCCUAAUCAAUAUCUCUCUUUACAAUUAAGAUCAGCUUGAUCAGUAAACACCAGACCUGAAGCUUAUUAAUCCUGGGUGCUGUUACUACUCAGAUAAGUUGAUGCUGGUAUAUGAUUUCCCUUGCAUAAACACGGCUUUGAGCAAUGAGUACAUCUAACUAAUCUAAUAAUUUUGAUACAAAUAUCAAUCACAUUAUGAUGUAAAGAUUUGUGUAUUAUUGAUGGGUAAAUCUCAAAUAAGAAACGUUGUUAGUGCCUUAAACUUGGACUAUAUAAAAUAUUCCCAUUACUUACAGCACAUAAUGUGUAUGUGUAUCCAAUUAGGCUCUCUGAUAUAAACCAAAUUAUGCAUGAUGACAAACAGACUCAAUCUGACAUAUUUAAACUAACUUUUGUAUAGUUCUGCAGAAGAAACAAUGAUUAUAUUUUUCUGUGUAUUAAAUAGUGUCUCCCAGUCAUUUUCGCUGUUUGAGAAAUUUGUACCUACUAGUGAUUUAAUGUGUUCUGUUUUGGAGCAAGAUGGAAUAGCUACCAAUAUUGUCUAUUUCUGCCAAAUUCUCCAUUUUUAAUAAUUUCCUUAACUUCAACCCAUCUUACUAGUGGAUUUGAGUCAAGAAAGCCAACAAGAGAUCAAUGGUUAAUUACAAAAUGCAGUUUUUCAGAAUCAGUCAAAUUGGAAAUACAAGAAUUUGGAUAGGGUCUAUAUAAUCACUAUAUACUGUAACUUAUAAUGCACCACAUGAUUAAACAGCUCACAUAAUAAACAUUUUAUUAUAUUAGUAAUUGAAUCUAUAAGAAAAUCUACCUCUCUUGAAAUGCUGCCAAGGUCAUUGCAUGUCAUAUUAUUAAAUCCCAACUUAGUGUAUUUCAACCAGACUACUAAUCCAUAUAUCAUGAAAAUACCUGGGACAUAGUGAAUACAAAAAUAUUUUUUUAAAAACUGGUGAUUUCUCAGUGAACCAGCAAAAUUAUUUGAGAAAAAUACAUCCCACUCUAUUCAUUAGACUUAUCUAGCUUCAUCAGGGCACAACCCUCUGUACCACCUUCAAGAGGCAGUGCCUUGAGAAGGCAACAUCCGUCACUAAGAGGCUAAUCAUAGUGAGUAGCUUCUUCCCCUCCAACAGCAGAUCUCUGAAAAGUCCAUUAGCUCAUGAACACAGUCUCAUGGUUGCUUAUUUUUUUUGCACGAUACUUAACUCUUGUAAUUUAUGGUUAAGAUGUAUAAUUGUGUUCUAUCUGCCUCCAAAGCCAUUCCAUGCCCUAUAAGUCAGUCAUAAUAAUUCUGCUCAGAAAUUACUUGCUUGUUUUUAGGGAUUAAGCAACUAUAUCAGUACAUAUACAUAUCACUUCAAAUGAUCCAAGUGAAAUUGCUGCAAUUAAACAUUUUUUCCCACUUAAAAGUAAGUGCAAAUACAACCACUAAUCCAGAAACCACAUCUGAGUGUUCAUAUGGAUCGUUUGUACCAUGUAAAAUCUUUUCCAUGAAUCAUCUCUUGUUUGUGGAGCUUGAGCCCAUGUGUGAAAACGUUAUUUGUACUACAGGCACAUGGUACAUAGUGGCUUUCAUUUAAAUGCAGUAUUUUAUGAUAAUUUGCUCUUUUAAGCAGUUAAAGGCUGGUGUUUUACUAAUUGCAUGAUAUUUUAAUCUGCCUUUAUCUGUCAUUGUUGAACUUAAGAGCUGCUGUAUGAACCCAUUCCCUGAACUUCAUUGAAACAAGGUGAGACCGGAGAAUCCCAACCACAACUCUUAUUGGAAUUUGGCAGUUUGACUUCUCCAGAUCAUUUAAUUUUUGAUUGUUAUCAGCCACAACAUGUUUAUUGUUCGGACUUUAUUCUUUAAUCUAUUUGCAGAUAUCAAAGUCUAGUUUCUUACACUUGCUUACAGGGUCAUGCCAUGUUAGUGGUUGGAGAAGUUUGCGAGGUGUCCCCUAUUUGUGGUGUGCCAUAACUAGGCAUUUGCACAGCCACUGUUCUUUUUUCUAUCAGAAGAAACAAAGCCAUCUGGAGAUCAGUUAUCUUUUGUGUGCUCAACAAUCCAAUCAUUAAUUUUUAUUACUUUGCCUGUAAUUAAUCUGACUGGUGCAACGCAUGGUACAGAUAUACCUAUAAACGAAUCAGAGCAGAGCUCUAACAGUAAAAAUUAUGAUGGGAAAGAAAUGAAAUUUCUCAUCCUCUACCAUGGUGAAACCCAAUAAUUUAUUAGAAAGAAGUUGCUCCAAACAUUAUUAGCCAAAAUGCUCAAGAAGCAUAGUAAUUGAAAUAGUUUUAUAUUUGUAUUUUAAUAUUUUCAAUGUACCAAUGGAUGUAAUAACAUCAUAACUAAUUGAAUUGUUAUAGUCCUGGCUUUGUUUCCUGGAAGUAGCUUUCUAACUGGUUCCAUUCUUUUUUAACUGAUUAUUUUCUAUUUAUUAUUUUGCCCUGUUGGUUAUCAUUUGGGAAGCUCAUAUGGAUGGACAUGCAAUGUAAAAACACAAUAGAGCCAUCAAUGUGCAAUCAACCUCAGUGCACCUGACAUUUAAGUGCGUAAGGUCCAACAGAAGGUCUUGGACAAUAUCCUACUGUGGCUAAGCACCUGUGCAGCAGAGCUUGGCACUUGCCUUGCCACGUUUUUCCAUUACAUAACCGUGAUUAUGGCGUCUACUCAACAACAUGGAAAAUGUUUGCCAUUUCUCAAGGGUGCCCCAAUCUUCUAUUGCAAUUACAGUGGGGGACUGAAAGAACCCCUGCAGAAAUUCCAGAUGUGCAAUUCUGAGCCAAACUAAGCAUUUAUAGAAAACUUUUUAAAUACACAGUUACUUGCUCUUUCAGCAAAAAAAAUGACUAGCUACCCUUUUCAUAUAACGAACUGUUGUUCCUCUAACUUUAAAAAAGCUCAUCGUUCUUUUUAGUUCUU